GGCGGAGAGGAAGGAAGGCGGAGAGGAAGGAAGGCGGAGUCCGCGGGGAAAACGAAACCGAGAGCGAACUGCUCAGACCCCGCCGAGCUUCCAGUGAGGCCGCAGCUCGCGUCCCUAGCCCGGUACUGGACUCUGGUUACUGUAGGAAAAAAUGGCCAGUGGUCGUUCACCAUGUUUCUAUAUAGAAGAACUUAAUAAGUACCAACAAAGGAACACUGCAGUACUUAAGUAUUGUGAACUAUCUAAGACAGGACCUCCACAUAACUUAAGGUUUACCUAUCAAGUUACAAUAGAUGGCAGAGAAUUUCCAAAGGCUGAAGGUAGAUCAAAGAAGGAAGCCAAAAAUGCUGCAGCCAAAUUAGCUUUUGAAAUAAUUAGUAAAGAACAGAAGGCCGCUAGUCCUUCAUCACUGCAGACAGGAGAUCCUUCAGAAGUACCACCCAUUGAGAAUUACAUAGGCCGUGUUAAUACGAUUGCCCAGAAGAAAAACCUAUCUGUAAUUUAUGAAGAAUGUGAAUCGAGGGACAGUGGGCCCGAUAAAUUUCAUUAUAAAUGCAAAAUUGGACAGAAUGAAUAUGGUAUUGGUAUAGGUUCCACUAAACAGGAGGCAAAACAAUUGGCUGCUAAACUGGCUUAUGAAAAGAUACAGUCAGAAAAUUUAAUGAAAGCUGACGCGUCCUCUGGUUGUUUCAAUACUGUGUGUGGUGAUGUCCAAAGCAACUCUUCAGCGACAAACACAUCUGCUUCUGAAUCACCAUCUGAAAAUGACUUCUCAACAAGUGAAGCGGAAAGCAAUGAUAACAGUGACGCAGUAGACAAGUCUUUCCAAUCUCCAGAGAACAGUUCCAGAAAUAAUCCCAGAAAGGUGAAGAGAUCUUUGGCACCUAGAUUUGACUCUCCUGUGAAGACGGAAGAAAGCAUGUAUACUGUGGACUCCAGGUUUAUCAGAGAUUUUACAGAAAUAACACCAAUUGGCGAAGGUGGAUUUGGCCAAGUUUUCAAAGCCAAACACAGAAUUGACGAGAAGACUUAUGUUAUUAAAUGUGUUAAAUAUAAUAACGAGAAGGUAGAGCGUGAAGUGAAAGCUUUGGCAAUGCUUGAUCAUGCAAAUAUCGUUCACUACCACAGUUGUUGGGAUGGGCUUGAUUACGAUCCUGAGCAAAGCAUAAAUUCUUCAAGAUCAAAGACUAGGUGCCUUUUCAUCCAAAUGGAAUACUGUGAUAAAGGGACAUUGAAGCAAUGGAUUGACAGGAGAAGAGGCAAGGAACAAGACAAACGUUUGGCUUUGGGAUUCUUUGAACAAAUAACAGAAGGAGUGCAUUACAUACAUUCAAAACAGUUAAUUCAUAGAGACCUUAAGCCAUGUAAUAUAUUUUUAGUAGAGACGAACCAAAUAAAGAUUGGAGACUUUGGACUUGUAACAUACCUGAAAAAUGAUGACGCGCGGACAAGUAAACAGGGAACUAGGCUAUACAUGAGCCCAGAACAGAUUGCUUGUAUAGACUAUGGAAAUGAAGUGGACAUCUUUGCUCUGGGACUAAUUCUUGCAGAACUUCUUCACAUAUGUUCCACUGCGAUAGAAACAAUGAAGAUUCUUAAAGGUCUAAGGGAUGGCACCUUCUCAGAUGUAUUUGACAACAAAGAAAAAAAUCUUCUACAGAAAUUACUCUCAAAGGAUCCCAAGAAACGACCUAACACAUUGAAAAUACUGAAGACUUUGAAGGAGUGGAGUAAUAUUGCAGAGAAAAAGAAAUGGAAUACAUGUUAGAUACUUAAAAAAGUAUCCUUCUUCUGAUACUCCAUUUUCCUAUAACUGUCUAAAGUCUGCUUGGGAAUAUUAAUGGUAUUUAUCUUCUAUUUUCCUUUCUCCCUUAAUUUUUUGCCACAUUUGCAGAAAGGUUUGCAUUUUUUCUUACUUCAAAAACAUUCUUAUAUUUGCCUUCCCCUCGCUCAUCUCCUUAUUAUGAAGAUGGGGGGAAAAAUGCCUCAAAUUUUCUUUUUAAUACCAAUUAGUUAAUCAAUUAAUGAAUGACUAUUUAUUAAAUACCUGCUGUUUCUAGGCCAAAAAGAUAUAAGAUCUAUCUCUGUCCAAAAUAGCUAACAAUCCAGCUGGAGAAAUAUGGUAACCAUGAAAAGAUAAGUAUAAUCACUUUGGAAAGCAAUUUGGUAUCAUCUAGCAAAGUUACGUGUAUAUUGCCAUUCCUGAAAAGACAUCAGUUCCAUUGCUACAUACAUGUGCACAGGAAUGUUCAUAGAAAUGCCGUUUAUUAUAGUCAAAGGAACAGGAAACAACGCUAAUGUGCACCAGAAGAAGAAUGGAUACAUAAAUUGUAUUCACGCACUGGAAUACUAUAUAGUGUUUUAUAGUGAAAAUGAAGGAAUUACAGCUAAAUGCUGUAACUAAAUGCAUGUAACUAACAUGCCACGUCUCUCAGGAACAUAAUAUUAAGCAAACAAAGCAGAUUGCAGAAAAUACUGUAUAAAGUUCAGGAACAUGCUACGUGAAAUGUGUGCUUAGGUAUUCAAACAAAUGUGGUAAAACAAUAAAGGGAAGGAAAGGAUUGAGAACUAUUAUUAUAUUCUGAUAGUGAUUGGCUCUGAGGAGGGAUGGGAGUGAUGUGAUUGGAGAAACGGACUUCCGAGGUAACAGUUAACUUUCUUUUCUUACACUGGCUGUUGAGUCCACUAGUGUUUACUGCAUAAUUAUUCUAUUUCUCUUAAAUACAUUUUGUACCUAUUAUAACAGACACUUUAAAGAGAUGAUAACUAUGCUGUAAGACAGUAGCUGAGCAUAGAAAACAAUCAGUCUGGAGGGGUGAGAUCACUCUAUGCUGAGGACCCAUGGCACAGGGCUUAGAAGUGACACUCCAGUGAGACUUCCAAGUAUGUGAAGGAUUUAGAUGAAUAGAGAGGAGAGCAUUUGGGCAGUAUGGGCAAGGGGCAUGGAAUGCGUUCUGGAAAAGAUAGAUUUGAGGAACAUUGGGUAUACUAGUUUGUUUCCUUGAAUUGCUGUAGGGAAUGCCGGAAAAUAAUAUGAGCUGUAUAUUGGAAGAACCUGAGGGUUCCUUUAAGCUUUAUAGCAUCCAACUACCGUUCUAGAAUUGUCGUAUAAUUUUACAAUUUUUAAAAUGAGCCAAAUUUAGGCUUAGCAGAAGAAUCAUAGUAAUAGAUAAUAUUUUUGUGAAGGCUUAUAGCAAUUUCUAAAAAGUUACUAAAAGCAUUUAAUAUGGUCUUCAACUCCCAUGCAGUAUUUGAUUAAGGCAAGGUUCAUCAAUGGAUACUAAAAUUAUUGGUUGAAAAGGCGUUGGGAAACAGGAGCCUCAAAAGGAUUUAAAUAUAGUCCGACAGAUGAUAUUACAAAGGGGAAAAUGUAUCUUUAAAAUGGAAAGCUCUUAUCACCACAAUAAUAAAGUAAUUAAAUUUAGUAUCACUGAAAGUGGAAGAACCUAACAUCAUGACCCUCCUGAUGUGAUGUAAGAAUUAUACACUAUCACCUAUUUAGUUUUCUUGCCCAAAGUGUUUAACUGGAAUUUAAUCAUGAGGAAAUGAUUAGACAAAUCCUGAAAGAAGUCAUUUGAUAAGGUAAUUAACUUGGAUUUCUCAAAAAGUCAGUAUCAUGAAAAAAAAAAAAAGUAGGGGAAUUCUUCUAAAUACAGAGAGACUAGAAACAUAUAAUGACCAAAUGCAAUGACCAAAUGCAAUGCUUGAAUCUUGAUUGUAUACUGGAUAUAAAAAAAAAGAAAAACCCAGAAAAUAGCUAUAAAAGACAUUUUUCAGGUAAUUGAGAACAUUUGAAUAUAGACUGCAUAUUAAAUGAUGUUAUAGAAUAAUUGAUAAUUUUCUUAGGUGUGAUAAUGAUAUUAUGGUCAUGCCAGAAAAUGUCUUAUUCCUAGGCAAUGCAUGCAGAAAUACUUAGGGGUGAAGUGGCAUGACAUAUGCAACUUCCAAAUGUUCAGCAAAAAUCGAUGAUAAUACAUAUAUAUAUAGGAAGAUAGUACAUAUAUAUAUAGAAAGAGAGAGAGGAAAUGUGGCAAAAUGUUAACAAUUGAAAAAUUGAUAAAUCUAGGUGGACAAUAUAGAAGUGUUUUUUUGUAUUAUUCUUGGAGCUUUUCUGUAGGUUUGAAAUUUUUCUGGGUGGAGAGAAAUCUUUUUUAAGAAACUGAUAUUAUCUGGAUUUGAUGAAUAAGGCUAAACUCAAAAGAAAAACCAAUGAAUGUGGCAAAUUAGUGUGAAUGUGGCCUUAUUUUUACCUUCUUUCAUUUUUUAAAUUUAAGUAUAGUUGAUUUGCAUUAUUAUAUUAGUUUCAAGUGUACAACAUAGUGAUUGAAUACUUUUAUAUAUCCUUCUCUCACUUUAAUAUUUCUACUACUAUGAAGUAAAUAAAGCAUCCCUUGAUGCUUUUAUUUAUUUGAGUAUAUAUUUUCUCAGCCUCAAAACUAUAGUAAAUAAAAAGUAUCCUCAGGCUUCCCUGGUGGCGCAGUGGUUAAGAAUCCGCGUGCCAAUGCAGGGGACACGGGUUCAAGCCCUGGUCCGGGAAGAUCCCACAUGCCGUGGAGCUACUAAGCCCAUGCGCCACAACUACUGAGGCUGAGCUAUAGAGCCCGCAAGCCACAACUACUGAGCCUGCGUGCCACAACUACUGAAGCCCACGUGCCUAGAGCCCAAGUUCCUCAACAAGAGAAGCCACCACAAUGAGAAGCCCAUGCACCGCAAUGAAGAGUAUCCCCCGCUCGCUACAACUAGAGAAAGCCUGCACACAGCAACAAAGACCCAACGCGGCCAAAAUUAAAUAAAUUAAAAAAAAAAAGUACCCUCUUAUCAGAGGAGGAGAGGGGCAAAGGCCAGGGACCUUAUUUGCUAAUUAAAACAUACAUACAUGCAGAGAUUUUGAAGAGCUAUUGUGACCUAGCUGCUUCACUAGAAACAGAACUUCUAGGAAAUUUUUAUUACUAACCACACAUAUAUUUUUUAUUAAAUGUGCACAUAUUUAACAUAGGUACAUAUAUAUGUAGCUUACUCAGAGCAUGUAUGUUAUUUGUGUUAGGUAUAUUUAGUAUAAAUACACAUAUAAAGUGUGUGUGUUUGUGUGUAUGGCCAGCUAUAUAAUUUGUGGGACCCAAUGCAAAAUGAAAAUGUGAGGCCCUUGUUCAAAAAUUAACAUGGGGCCUUAUGCAACCACACAGGUUGCGUGUCUAUGAAGUCAGACUUGCGUGUACAUACACAUGUGUAUACACACAUAUAUACGUACAUGCACACCUAUGUAUGAAAUGUUUAGAAGUCUAAAAGCAAGCUUUUCCCAGACUCCAUCAUCCAGUGUACCUACCUGAGAGAGAAACUCAUAGCAUCUAUUUCCCACUUGAGUGUUCAGCAUAGCUUGAGGUUCUUGGCAUGCUAACUUUUUCAUUAUGAAUGUGGAAUGAUUUCAAUAUUAUUCAUAUUUUAAUACGUUUUUGUGUUAAAACAUACACAAAAACAGAGACUAGAAUAAUGAAACUCUGUGUACUCAUUACCCAGCUUCAACAGCUAUCAAUAUUCUGUCUUUCCUGUUUCAUUUACCCCUCCUUUUAAAAAAUGUCUUUUGCUGGAGGAUUUUAAAUUUCAGGCAUCGUAUCAUUUCACUUGUAAAUACUUAAAGAUGUAUUUCUAACAGAUCUUUUUAAUUUUAACCAAACCACAUCAUUGUCACUCAACAAAUUAAUAAGAUUUUCUUAACUAUCAUGUAAUAAUCAGCCUGUACUGAGUUUUCGUAUCUCAAAAAUGUCUUUCUGUAGAUUAAGUCAGGAUCCAACAUUUCAUUUAGUUGGUAUGUCUCUUUUACUCUAUAACAUCCACCUCGUUUUUAACUUCUUUCCUCUUGCCAUUUAUUUGAGGAAGGAGUAGGUCACAUAUCCUACAGAAUUUCCUUCACUUAGGAUUUGGCUGAUGGUAUCCCCAUGGUGUCUAGUUAGAUCUAGAAACUUGAUUUGAUUCUGUUCUGAAAUUUUUUUCUGAGAAUACUCCUAGGUGAUACUAUAUACCUUCUUUUGCUUCACUUCAGGAGGAACAUGAUGUCUGGUUGUUCUGCUUUCGGUGAUUUUAAGUUUGGUCGGUGGCUUGUGGUGGUGUCAUCUACUAUGAUCAGUCUUCCUUGUCAAUCUUUCACCUAAUGGUGUUAGCAGCCAUUGAUGAUUAUUGCCUGGAUCCAUUAUUUCAUUAGGGGUUGCAAAAUAGUGAUUUUUGGAUUCUAUCAAACCUCUCACAUUUAUCAUCUGUGAUUCUUCUAUGAAGAACUUUCCCUAAAGUUGAAUGGGACAGAUGGGAUAAAUAUUUAUUAAUUUUUAGAAUGAAGUGGCAUCCCAGUAACGUCCAAAGGUGACAAAGAGGUUUUUUUUUUUAGGCAGGAGUGUGAUCCAACCUAUACUUUGAAAGUGUUCAGACUGGGUUGGAGCAGGAAAAGACUAUAUUUGAAAGGUCAGAAGUCCGAGAGGCUAAGAGGGCCUGAACAAUGGGAGGGGACAGAACCAAGAGGAGCUGGCAACUGACUGGAUGUGAGGAUUUAGGGAAAUGUAAGCAUCAGAGAUUACCUCUAGGUUGGUUGGAUGGUGAGUGCCAGGAGUAUGAUGCCAUUAAAGAAGGUACAAAUCUCAAUCAAAUUAACCCCGUCAAAGAGCCAUGCAUAUUUCAGAGAUAUUUUGUCUCACACAGUUUUUAGCUAGAAUUUAAGCCAAUAGUGGGGCUGCUUUUCACAUGUCAACAAGGUGAGGGGGAGCAGAUUUGGGAGGUAAAACACUAGAUCUCAUUUGGAGAUGCCAAGUUGGAGGUACUGCCAUAAAUUCAGGGGAGGGUGAAGAGCAGACUCUAGGAAAUGCAGGAGAGGAACUUGAGAGAAGGGAUGAACUGGAAUCAUACACAGAAGAGAUGUGUAUGUUAUCUGGAGGUAAGCCCUGAUGCUUAACUUUGAAUCCAAGGGAUUGCCCAGGGAGAGAUUACAUAGAGGAGAGGGCUCAGAAACAAAAGCACAGCAGACACCUCCAUUUAGAUAUUUACUCUUUAUAUCAUGUCAGUCCACUCCCUACGUCUGUGACCGUGAGCUGGCCCAGUCACGACAUGUCUUCAGGAUGGUCACAGAUGCAGGGACUACAGUUGAUAGAUGUACAGAGGCCCCACUGUUGGCUUACACUCUGACUAAAAACCGUGUAAUGGGUGAAACUCUGAGGCAAAUCAGAUAUCUCUCAAAUAUGUGUGGCUCUUGAGGGGUCAGUUUGAUUGAGACCUGUAUUGGUUUUCUAGGGCUGCUGUAACCAGUGACCACAAAACUGAUGACUGAAAGUGACACACAUUUAUUCUCUUACAGUUCAGGAGGCCUGAAGUCUGAAAUGGGUUUCACUGGGCUCAAGUCAAAGUGUUGGCAGGGCUGUGCUCCUCUGGGGGCUCCCGUUCUGCAUCUCACAUUCAGCAUUACCUGAAUAGGCCCCAGCCACACAGGUCUGUUCAGGGUUACCUCAAUAGGCUUUUGUGCUCAGUGGCGCUCGGCUAUGGUUUCUACCUGAAAUUCCCUUCAAUCUUUUUUUUAAGUAACAGCUUUAUUGAGACAUAAUUCACAUACCAUAAAAUUCACCCCAUUUAAAGUAUACAGUUCAAUGGUGUUUAGUAUAUUCAGAGUUGUGCAACCAUCACCACAAUCAAUUUUUAAACAUUUUUGUCACUCCAAAAAGAAACCCUGUACCCAUUAGCAGCCAUUCCUCAUCUUCCUCCAACUCUAGGCAACCACCAAUCUACUUUCUAUCUCCAUAGACUUGCCUAUUCUGGACAUUUUGUGUAAAUGGAAUCAUACAGUAUGUGGUCUUUUUCACUUAGUAUGUUUUCAUCUGUGGUAUAGCAUGGAUGGAAAUUCCUUUCCCUUUUAUUGCCAAAUGAUAUUCAGUUAUAUGGAUAUAUCACAUUUAAUUCACCUAUUCAUCAGCUGAUGGACAUUUAGGUUUCUACUUUCUGGCUAGUAUGAAUAAUGUUGCAAUGACUAUUGGUGUAUGAGUUUUAUCUGGACAUGGUUCCAUUUCUCUUGGGUAUAACUUAAGAGUGGAAAUGCUGGGUCAUAUUGUAACGCCUUCCUCAUAACUGCAUAUCAAAGUUAUGCUGAAAGCCCAAAUUCAGUGCUGCUACCAUAGUGUUCUACCAUCUCCCACUCGGAAUGAAACUUCUCCCUAAUACUUCAGUUAUUUAGUUCUUCAGCAUUGUACCUACCAGUUUGCUUUGGAGCUCAGUUAUUCCUGCAUGGGUGUUUCCCUCCUUGUAAAUUUCUGGAAAGCAGGGACAGGCUCUCUCAUUUUGAUUUGCCCCAAGGCAGCAAGUGUAUUACCCUGCAUUUAAGCAGGAACUCUAUAAGUGCUUUUGAAUUAGUAGGGAAUAAAAGUGUUAAGAAUUUCA